UUUUAGCUGAACUGGCUGCACUAAUUCAGAGUUUAUCUUUUUCUCUCCAUAUUGGAAAGAAAAAGAUAAACUCUGAACUGUGCAGCCAGUUCAGCUAAAACGAACAGACCCUCGAUCUAUUAUUUUUGUGUACUUAUUUGGUCGAAAAGGACGAAUCUCUUCUAAACGCGUACAAAAACAAACAUCAAUAUUUGUAAUUUGAAUAUAAGAAAUCUGUCAUACAUCUAUUUAACAGAUCAUUGUUUUCUUAACGAGAGCAACAAGUUUAUAAUUAUUUUUGUUUUAUUUUUUUGCGCAAAAAUACACACAUAUAACACAUAAAUAACAACUUAUUUCAUCUAAAUUGAUAAGAAUAAGAGUCUACAUUUUGCAUAUAUCGUGACAUUACAAUUACAAAUUCAAAAUAAAUUUAUAAAGAGAUAAAAAGUAUAAACAUAAAGAGAGAUCUGGAAGAUGGAAAACAGAGAUAACAGUCUUGUAAAACGCUUGUAGGAUUAAAUUUCAAUUGUGUGUGUGUGAUUUCAUCGGCAUGUUACAUAUACGCUAAUUUUGCGCAUUUGAUAAACACUUUGACAUAAGAGUGCGGUAUCAAUUUAUAUCUGACUGUGAUUCGUCAAUUUGUGAAAAUAUUGAAAGUACGAAAGAGGUGAAAGAAAGUUCGGAAAUCGAAAACAAUAUGAGAAUGUAAUUGAUCAAGUUUGUUUCUAAUGUGAAGAAAAUAAGCCAGGAAGAUAAACAACUUUCCUUGUAUGUAUAUAUUCACAAGGAUAUUUUCAACAGAAAUAAACAUAAAACAUGAAAAUCAACUUCUUUUUUUAAUCAUAAUGAAAAAAGAAAUAAUUUUGCCCACGAUUUAAGAUUAAAAUGAAUAUACGUGAGAAUAUUAAAAAAGCAACAUCACUUGAUUAUGUAGAUAAUAAUGCUACGUUUUUUCGACUACCAGGACUAAGUCAAGCUGCAAAAGAUCGAAUGAUGAAUGAUAGAAAAAUAAAAAAACCAAAAAAUAUACAUUUAUUGGAAGAUGAAUCUCAUAAUGAUAACGAUGUUGUUGAUAAUUUUAUGAAUAAUAAAAUUAAACCUACUUUUGAUAAACAUGCUGUUUCUGCUGCUAUUAAAGAGGUAAAUGGUGGUCGUGAUCUUUCAAAUAAAAAUUGGGAAAAACUUCAUGCGAAAUAUCUUGAGAAUAUAAUUAAUUCUGAGAAAGAAAUAUCUAAGAAAGCUUCUGAUCAUAAUUUAACAGCAUGUUCUGAAAAUCAAUCCGAGGACUUAAGCGAUAUAUAUAUUAAACAGAGACAUAAAUUGUCUAGAAAUGCUGCAAUUAUGAGUCUUCUAAGAAAAAAACAAAUUUCGUUAGAAGACAUAAUUAUUCCAAGCAAAACUUCUACAAAAAAAGAAAACGAAUUGGAAGCUUUACAUGAAAUGAUUGAUGGAUAUAUAAUGGACAAUGGUAAAUAUAAUCAUGUGGAAUCAGUUCCUCUUUAUGAAGAUCCUGAUAUUUCUGUUCACCCUUUACAAAUGGGAAUAGAUGAAAAAAAAUUCAAAGAUAUAGAUUUUACUGUAUCACGUAUUGGUAAGAAGAAAACAAAAACACCACGAGAACAUUUUCUUGAGGAAACUAAUGAUGAUUAUUUUAAUUUUGUAAAGAAGAAAAACAAUACAUCAUAAUGAAUAUUAUAUUGCGUUUAUAGUAAAAUAUAUGUAAGAUAAAGACAAUAUUUUCAUCUUUUCAUUCAAUAAUUCAAUGAAUGAUCGGAAGUGGUAAUAAGUUAAAAUGUGUAUAUUUAUAUGGACUCAUAUCAUUAGGAUAUAAGCAUGCACGAUUGUGAAGCUAUGAAUGCUAUGAAUAGUCUCAGAAAUAUAUUUAUCAAAUUAACAUAAUAGAAAUUGAAAUUGUUUGAGAAUGUAAUAUUAUUUUGAUAACAUAAUAAGUAUUAUAUAAUUAUUAUAUUAUCAAAAUCUUCAAGAAACAUGUCAUAUUGGAUUAUAAUAUAAGAAUAAAUGUUUUACACACUAUUCACAUAUUAUGUUGUAAGAAAUGCAAACUUUAUCAUACAAAUGUUAUCCACAUGUUUUAUAGUUUUAAUGAUAUUCUAGUGCCUUUUGGAGACAUAACAAGAUAAUAAAAAUAAGAAUUAAUA